AAACCCAUCUUCUAGAAAAAGAUUCUCAGACACAGAGCUCAAAUUUUCUCGGGAAAAUGGCAGAAUCCGAUCCCGAAGGAAUCGCAAUGGCGGAAUCUUUGAAUCUUCAGUUGAAAGGGAGAGAGAUUCUUGUGAGUGAAAGCCAUGAAGAACUAGCGAUGAUCGUCGAUAAUCUCUUUAAGCGUGAAGACUCCGAAGAAUAUAAAACAUCGCGAGCUCUGUACAAGUACUGCGUCUCUUAUAACCCAGGUUGCUUAGCCGUAAAGCUUCUUAAACUCUAUCAAUAUUCUUCUAAUGCCGUUCUCAGAUUACGAUCAAUCUAUCAACUCUCCGAAACUCUCACAGAUUUGAGAAAUCGCAACUUCAAACUAUCUCUCGACUCUCUCUAUGAAAUUAAAGGGGUUUUGAUUUCAUGCUUGACAAUGGAAGAACCCAAAGAAUCUGAAAUCAAGAUCCUUAGAAAAAUCGUGUCUUGUGUAGCUUACAAUGUUGUGGAGUUGCAUAAAGGCAAAUGGGACGAGCUUGGUGAUUGUAUCUUAACGCUAGUGAAUAGCAAAGAACCUGUCAAGGCCUUUCACGUCUUUAUCGAUUUGCCACCAGUCUACAAGAGUUUCAUAGACAAGUUUAAGCACAAAAUCUUAGAUGAAGCUAGUAAUGUCUUUCUUGAUCCUUAUAGAGUUGAAGAUUGGAGCUUGGCUUUACAAGUUUUUGUUAAAAUGUGGAUUCAGCUUGUGGAUACAAAGAUGAUGUUGGUGUUAAUAAAGGCGUUAAUGGAGAUUCGGAUUACAUCUGUUGUGAAUUCAGUGAAGAAGCUAGUGGAGAAGGAAAGAGAAGAGUUUUUGGUAAGAGGGCUUGAAGAUUUCGAGAGAUUCUUCUCGCGAGAGAUGAAUCUGUAUAAGUAUAGUAAGGAUCAAUGCCAUUUUGUGUUGGAUUUAAUGGUCAAGAUCGAAGGAGUCGGGACACAUUUGACCAAGGAGGUUGUGGGGAAGAUCAAAAUGCUGGUUACAGAACCGGAGAAACCACAGGAUGAUGAUCUUAAGUAUAGUAGAGAAGAGUUUGACCGUGGCUGGUAUGAUCAUUUGAAGAGUUUAUCUUCACUGGAAGUGUUAAAGAUCUUUGCUUCCUCUGAUCUUGAAGAUAGGUCCAGAGAGAUGGCAAUCAGACGACUCAAUGUCUUACUAUCUGAUAACACUUCAGAAAAGGUGGAAAUAGGCAUUGAAGAGAUGAGAGAACUGCAACCAUUGCUUAUCACUUGCUUAAAGGAAGAAGGAGUCUCUUUCAGUAUGUUCAAAGUCCUAGCUGAGGUGGUGAACCAUGUUGCAUAUGAGAUGUUGAUCUGCCAAGAGGAGACAUGGUACGAUCUACGCGAUUAUAUAGCAUCGAGUACAACAGAGUUUCAGAGAGCGGUUUAUAUCUUCCAAUGCUUAACAAUGGAUUUUGAUGAUGAAAAGUUUUUGUAUCCUGUGAUGGAUAGCCUUUACCAAGAGAUAAUCACAAGGCUAGACCCACCAAGAGAGGUGUUGGUAGACAACAGUUGCUGGGUUUUUGCGUUUACGGGUGGCUUCUGUGCAGCAGUUCGCUUGAUAGAGGACCCAGGUUACGGUGACGACGUUAGUGAGAUUGCAUAUAAGAUGAUAAAUUCUGUGAAAGAGCUUGUGGAAAGAGGAAUGGAAGUUGGGCUUGUGAGGAGAGCUUUCAGAGAUGUUGAAAUCAUUGUGAAGGACCAAUUGGAAUGGUACAGUACAAGCGAAUACAAACUCGUUAAGGGUUUGCUUUGGAGACUCUAUGCAAUCAAAGGCAUGAGAUGGGAAAGUAAGUUUGUGUUGUGGAGAAUCAACGUGAUUAUCGAUAGAGGAGUGAAAGAAGAGGAGAAAGAGCUGCCACAGAACGAGUCUGAUUGGCUGAACCGUACUGCUGAUGAGAAGAUUAAAUAGAAAACCAGUUCUUUUGGUGUAUAGUCUGAAAUUGUGUAGAGUCUAUUUUUAGGUGUAUAGUUUGCAUUGGAGAAGAAAAUAGUAAAUAACUAAGAGUGAAAGAAAAAUGUACUUAGUUCUUAAAACACUUCAAUAACAGCUUCCCAUUUUUCUCUUCAAUACACACUUUUUAUCUUGAG